UUUUGGUACUGCACGCGCUGCUCCGUAAAGCUGCGGACAAUUCCAAGUAAAAACGUAAAUAUCCAACGCAAAUAUAUAUAUUUAAGACGCAAAUACCCAACUACUGCCAAUCGUCCAUCAUGUCCGAACCGAGCUCGAAGGAUACGGUGCUAAAAACAGCGAUGAUUUACGUGUGCGGUGAAUGCCACCAUGAGAAUGAAAUGCGUCCCAGAGAUCCGAUUCGUUGCCGGGAGUGUGGAUAUCGUAUAAUGUACAAAAAGCGUACAAAGCGACUUAUCGUCUUUGAUGCCAGAUAGAGGAGGGAGUUUAUUAUAAAAUCGAAUCAUACAACAAUCGUACAUUACCAAUUAUACUAUUCAUAGUUCGGGAAUGCCUAUUAACACAAUAAACUCGUAUUGAUGUAUAUUCA